GGCGGCCAUUUUCUUUUCACACCUCCGUUUCAAAGACAGCCAACCAGCACUCGGACUACAAACACAGUUUCAUUCAAAAACUCCACCAACAAAAACUUCCAAACGCCACCGGAAAACCGUUCCAAGUGCGACUCAGAGGCCGCUGCUCACACCGGACCGAAGUGGAACUCUAAGGAGUGUUUAUUUGAGGUAAAGUGGGUCUGUAGCGUGAAGCGAUAUGGCGACCGCAACCCCGAGCCGCGAGUCCGGCCGCACAUCAGCCGCCCAAACGCCGCUGAGCCCCACGAGGAUCUCGCGCCUGCAGGAGAAAGAGGAGCUGCGCGCGCUCAACGACCGCCUGGCCGUGUACAUCGAUCGCGUGCGGUCGCUCGAGCUCGAGAACGACCGGCUGCUCGUCAAAGUGUCCGAGAAAGAGGAAGUCACGACCAGAGAGGUGUCUGGGAUUAAGGCUCUUUACGAGGCCGAGCUCGCUGACGCCCGGCGCGUUCUUGACGAAACCGCUCGCGAGAGAGCCAGACUUCAGAUUGAUCUGGGAAAAGCCAACUCUGAUCUCGAGGAAGUCACCCGGAACUACAAGAAGAAGGAUGGAGAUCUGGCUUUGGCUCUGGCUCGAAUUAAGGAGCUGGAAGCGCAAUACAACAAGAACGAGGCGGCUCUCAACACAGCCCUCAGCGAAAACGGCUCCUUGUCUGCUGAACUGGCCGACCUGAAGGCUCAGCUCGCCAAAGCUGAAGAUGCUCAUGGUGUGGCCAAGAAACAGCUGGAGAAGGAGACACUAAUGAGGGUGGACCUGGAGAACCGCUGCCAGAGUCUGUCGGAGGAUCUUGAGUUCAGGAAGAGCAUGUUUGAGGAGGAGGUGCGCGAGACGCGCAGGCGUCAGGAGAGGCGUGUCGUGGAGGUGGACUCAGGCAUGCAGCAGGACUAUGAGUUCAAACUGGCGCAGGCGCUGCAGGAUCUGCGCAGGCAGCAUGAGGAGCAAGUGCAGAUCUACAAAGAGGAGCUGCAGCAGACCUUCAUGGCCAAGCUGGAUAAUGCCAAGGUGUCGUCUGACAUGAAUGAUAAAGCGGUGCUCACCGCGCGCGAGGAGCUGCAGGAAGCCCACAUGAGGAUCGAGGGCCUGAGCUAUCAGCUCAGCGCCCUGCAGAAACAGGCAUCUGCCGCUGAGGAGCGCAUCCGUGAGCUGGAGGGCAUGCUGUCCAGCGACAGGGAUAAGUACCGCCGACAGCUGGACGCCAAGGAGCGCGAGAUGGCCGAGAUGAGAGAGCGCAUGCAGCAGCAGCUCAAUGAGUACCAGGAGCUGUUGGACGUCAAACUGGCCCUGGACAUGGAGAUCAACGCCUACAGGAAGCUUCUGGAGGGCGAGGAGGACAGGCUGAAGUUGUCCCCCAGCCCGUCCUCACGGGUCACGGUGUCCCGCACCACAGCGAGCAGCACUUCUACGUCUUCACGUAGCUCUCGCGCAAAGAGAAAGCGUGUGGAGCUGGAGGAAGCGUCCAGCGCCGCCCCGAACGUCCAGAUCAGCCAGGAGGCGGAAGCCACGGGCAGCGUCAGUGUCGAGGAAAUCGACCUGGAGGGGAAAUCGGUGACCCUCAGGAACAACUCUGACAAGGAUCAAUCUCUGGGCAGCUGGCGACUAAAGAGACAAAUUGGCGAUGAAGAGGAAAUCACCUACAAAUUCAGCCCCAAGUUUGUCCUGAAGGCCGGUCAGACAGUAACGGUGUGGAGCGCCGACGCCGGCGUGUCCCAUAGUCCUCCUUCAGACCUGCUGUGGAAGAGCCAGAGCUCUUGGGGCACCGGAGAGAAGAUCCUCACCUUUUUGGUCAAUUCAAGCGGAGAGGAAGUGGCAAAGCGAACCGUCACGAAAAGCGUGCUGGAAAUGGAGAACGGUGAUGAUGAGGAAGGAGACUUUGGAGAUGAAGAUCUUUUCCAUCAGCAGGGCGAUCCAAAAACCCAAUCCAGAGAAUGCGCCGUCAUGUGAUGGAGCCGCGCACCUUUAGUAUUUUCCUCCCCAUGAUUCAGUCUUUUUGUAGAGCCACUACUUUUGUAUUUUUCGAUCAUGAGUUCAUAACGCCCUUCCCUCAAUCCUUUAUAUCUACGGACCUCAUUUGUAAAGCCAGUUAAUCUUGAGCUGCGGCAAACAAUGCUAUUUUUUUCCAGCCGCGGCUCAUCAAUGAUUAGUCUUUCCAGACACCCGUCGCUUCUGAAUGGCGGGAACAUCCCAUUACGUACCGUCAUCGGCGAAUGAGUCAAAUGAUCUGAAAUUAGAACGUAUUAGUGUGAGCCGGUGACUAAUGAAUCUGCAUAUUCAUGUCAGUGAAUCAUGUGUUCUCGUCACUGCGGGGUUAUGAAUGGGGGAAUUAUUAUUAUGACGGUGAGCUCAUGUUCAGUAGUGCACUAUAGCCCGUAACUGACAGCUGUCGCUCUUGUGUUUUUUUUGCUUCGCCAACAAGACGAACAGGGUGGAAGUGAAAUCAAAUUGCCUCGUUGACUUCUAAAUGAUCACUUUAAACAUUAGGGGUUGUAUCUUAUUGUCAUUUGUUUUGAGUCAUGCUUUACAUAGUAUUAUGUAUGUGUAAAUCGGUGAUUGAAUGUCAAGACAUUUUUCAAGCCCAACUCAAAUAGUUCAUAAAAUUGAAUGUUAUCUAGUGGAAAUACACACAAGGUGAUGAGAACAUUGUAAAAAAAACAACAAAAAGAAACAGAUGUUGAAGCUACGCACGCAAACAAGAUUUGCGUUUAAAUGAUUUUCAGUUCAUUUGAAUGUAGUGUUGAUUGAUCAUGUGAUCAGUGUUUGAGGUCUACAUUGACUCGGCGGUAAUAAAAUCGGACUUUAAUCAACACGCUUACAAAAACGCCGAUACUCGGUCAGAUUUACCAAAGAAACGGAUGACGAAUGAAACCAAUUUGACUUGUCAAAUUUGCCUUGUUUCUUGCCUACUUGAGACACUCCAAAUAAACUAAAACCCAUGUUUCAGUUGUCGAAUCCAGUGAGUAAUCUGUGUCCAUCCACCCUGUUGGUUCUGUUGCGUUUUAAGUUUUAAAACUUACUUUUUUUAAAUAAAAAAAAUUUAAAAUGUUUCUCAGACAAUUAUGCAUGCAGCAAAUAUUUUUAUAUUAAUGAACGGACCUGAGUGUUACGGUGAUGCUUAAAUUUCGCAGACAGCUGCGUAAUACUGCAGUUUGAUUUUUAGCUAUAAUCGUAUAUUUUUGAUAGGUUCGUCCUCAGGAUUUUUAAAACCCUAGUGCACAAGGAAUCUUUAAAUUUAGAUUAAAUGUCUUUCUUGUGAAUAUAUUCAGUGCAGUGUGUACAAAAAUUGACCUGGGAAACAUUUUUACGACUCCUUUCUUUUUAAGGUUAACUAUUUUGUUAUUUUAAUGGGGUUAUCGUAAUCGUCGUGUUUACUUUCUAGGGUUCUUUUAAAGGUUCUGCGAGAACGAAUUGCCUGUAUCAAGGGUCAAUUGGGUCACACGGAUUUGUGUCAAAUUUAAGUGAAAUUGAGCUCAAGUAAAGUUGUGUUUGUGUACAUUUGUUACUUGGCCUCUGAGCUAAUAAAAUCUACCUUUUUGUUUAUGUUUUUUACUUCAUGUGACGUGAAUGGAAACCGUUUUCCUGCCAAACACUCCACAUCUGUGAAUUUUAAACUUAGGCUUUCUGUUAGUUACGAACACUGUUUUCAUAAGGAAAGUCAUUUCCUUGUUCUUUCAGGUUUUAUUAGACGGGGCUGUGACUAAUGUAGCGGAUACAAUGUGCUUUGGUGUAUUUAAUACGAAAUUGUCAAUCCGUCGUUGUAACAAUCUACUGUAAAGUAAAAAUUAUUUGAACUACCAUCAAAGCACAGAAAUGUGAGUACAAGGCUGUAGAAAUUGAGCCAUAAAUUGUGAACUAUGAAUCAAACUUGUUACGGGGUAGAAAUUCUUCAUUGUACGAGGACUUUUGAAGGGCUACAAGAGGAGGGCGCAUGCCAAAAGUGUCUCAUUAAUUGUGAUUUUGAUUUCUUUUUUUUUUUUGUAUGCAAUAUCCAAUAAAUGUUUUACAUAUUA